AUGAGUUGCAGCUGCAGGUGUGGCAGUGGCAGCAGGACACAGGAACACAGCAGCAGCCCCCACAGCAGCCGUGGAGCAGGGGCGGCAGCUGGCGCAGCAGCUGACCUGGCAGCAACUGCAGGUGGUGCAGCUGCCACAGCCACUGCCGCAGCCACCACCACAGCCCCCGCCACAGCCACGGACACAGCCCCCGCCACAGCCCCUGCCAGAGCCCCCACCCAGCCCCUGCCACAGCCAUCACCACAGCCCCCACAGCCCCCACCACAGCCCCUGCCAGAGCCCCCGCCACAGCACCCGCCACAGCCCCCACCCAGCCCCCGCCACAGCCAUCACCACAGCCCCUGCCAGAGCCCCCACCACAGCACCCGCCACAGCACCUGCCACAGCCCCCACCCAGCCCCCACAGCCCCCACCACAGCCCCUGCCAGAGCCCCUGCCACAGCCCCCGCCACAGCCCCAGCCACAGCCCCCAUCCAGCCACUAUCACAGCCCCCACCACAGCACCCACCACAGCCACGGCCACAGCCCCCGCUACAGCCCCCGCCAGAGCCCCCGCCACAGCCCCCACCCAGCCAUCACCACAGCCCCCACUACAGCCCCAGCCACAGCCCCCACAGCCCCCGCCACAGCCAUCACCACAGCCCCCACAGCCCCCGCCACAGCCAUCACCACAGCCCCCACUACAGCCCCAGCCACAGCCCCCACAGCCCCCGCCACAGCCAUCACCACAGCCCCCACCACAGCCCCAGCCACAGCCCCCAUCCAGCCACUAUCACAGCCCCCACCACAGCACCCACCACAGCCACGGCCACAGCCCCCGCUACAGCCCCCGCCAGAGCCCCCGCCACAGCCCCCACCCAGCCAUCACCACAGCCCCCAUCCAGCCACAGCCACAGCCCCCACCACAGCCCCCGCCACAGCCCCAGCCACAGCCCCCACAGCCCCCACCACAGCCCCCAUCCAGCCACAGCCACAGCCCCCACCACAGCCCCCAUCCAGCCACAGCCACAGCCCCCACCACAGCCUCCACCACAGCCCCUGCCAGAGCCCCCGCCACAGCCCCCGCCACAGCCACGGCCACAGCCCCCGCCACAGCCACGGCCACAGCCCCCGCUACAGCCCCCGCCAGAGCCCCCGCCACAGCCACAGCCACAGCCCCUGCCACAGCCCCCACCCAGCCAUCACCACAGCCCCCAUCCAGCCACAGCCACAGCCCCCACCACAGCCCCCGCCACAGCCCCAGCCACAGCCCCCACAGCCCCCACCACAGCCCCCAUUCAGCCACAGCCACAGCCCCCACCACAGCCUCCACCACAGCCCGCACCACAGCCCCCACCACAGCCCCCAUCCAGCCACGGCCACAGCCCCCACCACAGCCCCCAUCCAGCCACAGCCACAGCCCCCACCACAGCCUCCACCACAGCCCCUGCCAGAGCCCCCGCCACAGCCCCCGCCACAGCCACGGCCACAGCCCCUGCUACAGCCCCCGCCAGAGCCCCCGCCGCAGCCACGGCCACAGCCCCCACCACAGCCCCCAUCCAGCCACAGCCACAGCCCCCACCACAGCCUCCACCACAGCCCCUGCCAGAGCCCCCGCCACAGCCCCCGCCACAGCCCCCGCCACAGCCCCCACCACAGCCCCCGCCACAGGCCCCACCACAGCUCCCACCACAGUUACCAACACAGCCACUAUCACAGCCCCCACCACAGCCCCCACCACAGUUACCAACACAGCCACUAUCAUAG